AUGGUGGCUUGUUGUGGACUUACUGCAGCAUAUGAUCCUCGGAUCGAACAUUAUCUCGAAUGCACAGGAUACCCAGGUGGGGGUGGAAGAAGUGUUACGGAAAUUUCAAAGGAGCUAUAUUGUCAGCCCUUUUCAGCCCUCGAAGAAUCUCAACGCAGGCAGGUAAUAAUUACCCAGGAGUUGUCACAUACUUGGGUGAACAAGCAUCAUCUUACUCCGCCUACAAUCUAUUCACAUGCCUGUACCAAAGAAAUUGAAGAUACCUCCCCUCAACCUCUUCUUCCAUGCAUUGAAUGUCGUGCAAUCUAUAAGUCUCGCAUUUUCAAGAAUGCAAUUCGCCGCCCAAAGCCUCUUGACAAAAAUUUCAUUCAUACUAAUCACCGAUAUCAACCAGCCUUUCUUGGAAAAAUCUAUGCGCGAAGUAUCAGUGUGAGAGAGCUUUUGGAGGAGAAGUCCAAAAACACACCUUUUGUUCGAUAUGCUUUGGGUGUACUUCAGGGGAAGUAUGAUGAUGAGGUUUUUGAGGGGUUGACCCAAGCAAUCCUGACGAAGUACGAUAAGGAAGAACGGGGUGUGGGCAUGCAAAACUUCAAGUAUUCACCUGCCUAUGAGGACUUCGUGAAUAUUAUCAGAAUCACCAGUCCAGCUGCAUACCGCACUUUCAAAGAAUGGUUCCCUGCAAAGUCAUUUGAAAGCUUUCGGUAA